GAGAAGUACCUACAUCUACAACAUUUUGUCACAAUCAGAGGAAACUCACCACACAUUGUUUUAUGUGCGGGAGAAUAAUAAAAUGAAGUUGACUGUUCAAAUAAAGUAUUGAGGAAAGAUGAUGGGUGAUAAGAGUGCGUCAAAUUGUCAUCACAUUUUAUUAUAUUGUGCAGAGAUCACAAAAAAAAAAGAAUCCGAAUACGAAGCGAAUGAAGCGCAUUUUCCAACUCAUCUCCCAGCAGUGACCAUCAGACACUCAUUGAGGGAGGUUGAAUAGUGUUUUUUGCCGUCGUGCGCAAAAGGAUACAAAGCCACAGGGUGCUGCAGUGUGUACAGUUGUGUGUAAAAAAAAACAAAUAAAAUGUUCCAAUUGAAUGUAUUCCUGAUCAUUUUGGUGGCGUUUACUGUUCAACGGGUUGAGGCACAAAAUACAACAACAACAGCAGCAGCAGCAGCAACAGUAGAUAAUGCUACCACCAUAAUUGUGUUCAAUAUUAAUCGACCUCUAGUGCUCUCGUGCAAUUUAACACUCCCAGAGAUUAAUGGGACACAAGAAAUUCGAUGGUACAAGAAUGGCACGAGUGUGGAGGAUGUGGAGGGCCUUCAGGGGCGAUAUCAAGUAUUCCCCGAGGAGCAACUCUUCGUCAUUGAUCGCACACAUUUGGAAGAUCACGGAGAGUAUGCGUGCGAAGUGAAUACAACAGCGCAAGUCUCUGAAGCCACAUUCACAGCUGUGGCCAUGGUUGCUGCGAGACUCCCGAAGAAUACGCAAUUAAUUGAGGGUGAGAACCUUUGGCUUGUUUGCCGUGUCUUCGGGAGCAAUCCCACAGUCAGUUGGAUCCUACCUGAUGCACAAAGCACCGUAAUUACCAAUUCAACGGAACGUGUGCAACUCUUUGAAUACGACGGUGUACCCAAUUCUGCCCUUGAGAUCCUCAAUGUACGCCUGGAUGAACGAGGGAACUACACGUGUGUCGUGAACAAUUUAGCCACCGAAUUGGCCGGCUACCCACCGGCAAUGGCAUACGGAAUGGUGCGAGUUCGUUCGCACUUGGCUCCCCUUUGGCCAGUUUGUGGAAUGGCCGUGGAAUUCUUCGUUCUCUUCGUCAUUCUCUAUUUGUAUGAGAAAUAUCGCGAUCCCGAAGAUGUCGAUGAUGACAGUGUGUGUGACUAUGUGCCCGGAAAGGGGAAGAGGAAUUAAUUGUGGCACAUCUAAUUCCAUUUAGAUAGAGACUCCAUCAAAUUCUUAUGUAAUUUGCUAAAGAAAUAAAUUCUUAUUUCUCUCAAGGGAAA